AGACGCCGUGACGGACGGAUGCGGUGACGUUUUAUUGUAAGCGCCCACCGUUCAUUUGAAGAAAUAAAGCGCUAUUGUCACUCGCAAUGAAGCCUGUUCGCUAAAGCCCGGUUGUCAGAUCACACACUGACACGAUAUUUAGCGUGAUAUGCGUUUACUAAAAUCGUUUUUGACACUGGAUAUGGCUAUGAUCAUUCAUAACGAUCUCAUACGGGUAUGUUGGUAAUUUCUCUCUAUGGCAUAUCGUACACUGUUUAGACAUUAUUCGCAUAAAAUUGCAUAUUUUAGUAACCCAGUUCUCUCGAAGUGUUAUGCAUAACCCAUAUUAUUUUAUAUUAGUUGAGUGGUGAGGCGCGUCGUAGGCUAUCGCUCCAUCAAUGACAUUGUGGGCUAUAUGUGAUCUUUGCUGUGAAAACAAAAUUAUGCCUUUUUAUAACGGAAAUAUUCCUUUUAUUAUCGUGUUUGUUAAAAGCCUGCUAUUUAGCGACAAGAUAACAACGUAAUGCAAAUUAAAACAAAUCUGCAAUAUGCAGUCCUGUCUGGGAUAUAUUAUUAUCGCGAAAGAUCUUCGUCCAGCAUGUUCCCAAAAUGUUUUAUGUUUUCAAUCAUUUUGAGGACCUGGAGAAAACUGGCGUGUUAAUCAUGAUGGACACUACAUCAUAACGCUCAAGCUUUUUUCACCAAUAACGUGCGCACGGUGAGACCCGAGCCGAAGAAUUAUAGUGGCGCCUCAGAUAUGAAUGAUGAUGGAGGCGGAUAACGCGGAGAGCUGGUUUCCUCUGUCAGAAAACGGAACCACGAGUUUAAACGCAUCGAACCUGGGUUUCCUAAACGCGUCGUCUCCGGUGGGUCUGUGGGGUGACGCUCAGGAUAAAGAGGUGACGCGAGUGGAGGAGAUCCUGUACGCGCAGGAAAGAGCCUACAAAGAUUUCACUACCACCAUUCAAGUUUUCAUCCUCAUCGGCUCCCUUUUGAGCAAUACUGCAGUGCUGUGGUGCACUUGUUACACCAAUGUCUUCAAGUCUGUCACGAAUCUCUUCAUCAAGAACUUGGCGUGUUCUGGCAUUUGUGCUGGGUUGGUGUGUGUGCCCUUUGAUAUAGCCUUGAGUGCCAGUCCCCUAUGCUGUCUAUGGGUCCAUACGCUCCUGCUGUGCAAAGCCAUCAAGUUCCUACACAGGCUGUUCUGCUCUGCCACCGUGCUCAGCUUUGCCGUCAUCGCCCUGGAUAGGUACUACUCAGCAUUGUAUCCACUGGAGAGAAAGAUAUCAGAUGCCAGAUCUAGAGACCUGGUCAUCUACAUCUGGGUGCAUGCGGUGGUGGCCAGCGCCCCUGUUUUCGCCGUAAGCAAUGUGACAGAUGUCUACGCCACCUCUUCCUGUUCUGACGGCCAAUCACUUGGACAUCUAGUUUACAUGAUCACGUAUAGCAUCACCACACUAAUUUUACCACUAGCAGUGGUAUUUCUAGCAAUGGCUCUAAUCCGCCGCGCACUAAGCAGCAGCCAGAAGAAGAAAGUGAUCAUCGCGGCACUGCGCACCCCACAGAACAGCAUUUCCAUCCCAUAUGUGUCUCAGCGCGAGGCUGAACUUCACGCCACCCUGUUGUCCAUCGUUCUAGUCUUCGCGCUAUGCAGUACCCCCUACGCCGCUCUGGUCAUAUACCGUUCAGUGCUGGGGGCCACAAAAGCCUCGUCUUGGUUACAACUUACUGCCGUGUGGCUGCCGAAGGUUUCUCUCCUUACCAACCCGCUGUUUCUCCUCACAGUGAACCGCUCUGUGCGGCGUUGUCUUCUUGAUAUGCUAGCACGCCUGCAUCGACGCUACAGCCGAAGGAAUAUGGUCAGCGUUGGGGGUCUGGCUGAAGUAGGGCCACUAGGUGGCGAGACUGUGGUUCGCUCUGGUAGUCAACUCCUGGAGAUGUUCAAUAUCGGCCAACAACAGAUCUUCAGACCAAACGAGGACGAAGAAGACGAGAAUGAAAUUUCUUCAGUGGCAUCUGCCAACUUUCAACCCAAAGAUGAAGGACAGAGUGGAAAUGGAGGGACGGUAAAAGAGAUGCGUCUGCCACAGGCAGGGGAUGCUGUAAAAGAAGAAAACUUAGUGUUACCAAAACAUUCCCCUAUUCAGUCAUGUGCCUACUCCUCUUCACAGGUCGCCCCCGCAACUCCCACAGACCCUGAGGACGCAACGCAGUUUGGUUUUGGACCGUUUGAGCUGCCGCCACAAUGGUUGCCUGAAACCAGGAACAGUAAGAAGAGACUUCUCCCUCCUUUGGGUAACACACCUGAGGAACUCAUCCAGACCAAGCAGCCAAGAGUUCGGCCUGAGAGACGCAUCAGUAGAAACAAUAAAGUUAGUACCUUCCCCAAUGUGGAUCCAUGAAAUAGAGUGCGAUGGACCAAAUCAUAAAAAGCCAAGAAGAAGGACUGUUUGUGUUUUAUACCUAAAGUUAUUUUGAGAUGAUUUUCUAUGUGAGUGCAGAUCGAUGAAGGACAUGGAGAGUAUACGUUUACAGUAAGAAGUAGGAGGAUUUUAUAUACUCUCUUGCUGUCUGUUUGGACGAUUUAAUAGACAUUCCUUCAUCUCCAUGUACUGACAGAACAGGAAAUUGAUCUUUCACAGGAAAUUCAAGAAACAAACAUAAGGUAGACAUGGCUUGUAUGACAUUUGUUUUGUUGGAAUGGUCAAUAAAAUGAAUCACAAUCACUUUUUAUGUAGAUACGUCCAUGCUGUGUUCAAUCUGACUGAUGUGUCCUGCUCAACUUCUUGAAAUAUCACCCCACUAUAAUCUAUUUCAAAUCGCUUGAACAGGUAGUUAGAAACUAAGGCACUGCACUCAAAAUGUAUCUGCUGUAAAAGUACAUUUUGAGUGUCUGUACUUUGAGUGUUUUUCUUUAGAAAACUUUACUUCACAAUUUUCCAAAGCAUAAUAUUGUACUUUUUACUGCACUAGAUUUCAUAUUAAAUAUCAUUUAACUCUUAAUUAC